GCGGGCCCCGAGGUGGGCGGGGCUCCCGGCUGUCACCGCGAUGAGGAGACGCCGCCGACGCCGCCGACGUUGGGCCGCUCCGGGGUGCGCCCCUCAGGGGGUGUGAGGAGAGCCCGGGCCCUCCCGCAGCUGCCAAAUCCUGGACAGUGACGACAUGGUUUGCUAGCUGUCAGACCGAGCGCCCAGCUUCCAGGAUGCCUGUGCAGGCAGCGCAGUGGACGGAAUUCCUGUCCUGUCCAAUCUGCUACAACGAGUUUGAUGAGAACGUGCACAAGCCCAUCAGCUUAGGCUGUUCACACACGGUCUGUAAGACCUGCCUGAAUAAGCUGCACCGCAAGGCCUGCCCUUUCGACCAGACAGCCAUCAACACCGACAUUGAUGUGCUUCCUGUAAACUUUGCACUUCUCCAGUUAGUUGGAGCCCAGGUACCUGAUCACCAGACCAUCAAGCUAAGUAACGUAGGAGAGAACAAACACUAUGAAGUGGCAAAGAAAUGUGUUGAAGACCUGGCACUUUAUUUAAAGCCUCUAAGUGGAGGCAAGGGUGUUGCCAGUCUGAACCAGAGUGCCCUAAGCCGGCCCAUGCAACGGAAGCUGGUAACGCUGGUGAACUGUCAGCUGGUAGAAGAGGAAGGUCGGGUCAGGGCCAUGCGGGCAGCCCGUUCCCUUGGUGAGAGGACCGUGACUGAGCUGAUCUUGCAGCACCAGAACCCUCAGCAGCUGUCUGCCAACCUCUGGGCUGCUGUCCGGGCACGAGGGUGCCAGUUCCUAGGGCCAGCUAUGCAGGAAGAAGCCUUGAAGCUGGUGCUGCUGGCCUUGGAAGACGGCUCAGCCCUCUCCAGGAAAGUCUUGGUGCUUUUUGUCGUCCAGAGGCUGGAGCCAAGAUUCCCUCAGGCAUCCAAAACCAGCAUUGGCCAUGUGGUGCAGCUGCUGUAUCGAGCGUCAUGCUUCAAGGUCACCAAGAGGGAUGAAGACUCUUCUCUGAUGCAGCUGAAAGAGGAAUUUCGCAGCUACGAGGCAUUGCGUAGGGAACAUGACGCUCAGAUCGUCCACAUCGCCAUGGAAGCUGGGCUUCGGAUCUCACCAGAGCAGUGGUCUUCUCUCCUUUAUGGAGAUUUGGCCCACAAAUCCCACAUGCAGUCCAUCAUUGACAAGCUUCAGUCCCCAGAAUCCUUUGCAAAAAGUGUGCAGGAAUUGACCAUCGUUCUGCAGCGUACAGGUGACCCUGCAAAUUUAAACAGGCUUCGGCCCCAUUUGGAAUUAUUGGCCAACAUAGAUCCUAAUCCAGAUGCAGCAUCUCCGACCUGGGAACAGCUGGAGAACGCUAUGGUGGCUGUGAAAACGGUUGUCCAUGGCCUAGUGGACUUCAUUCAGAACUACAGUAGGAAAGGCCAUGAAACUCCACAGCCGCAACCAAACAGCAAGUACAAAACCAGCAUGUGCCGUGACCUGCGACAGCAAGGCGGGUGCCCGCGGGGGACUAACUGCACGUUUGCCCACUCUCAGGAGGAGCUGGAGAAGUAUCGGCUACGGAACAAGAAGAUCAGUGCCACGGUGAGGACCUUCCCUCUGCUAGGCAAAGCCAGCGUCACGAGCGCCGUCUCCACCACUGCCGGAAACGUCAUCUCCAUCAUAGGAAGUGCGGACACAGCUGGGAAGAUGACACCGCCGAGCACCAACGGCAUUGUGAGCCUGGAGAUUGGGGUGCCCCAGCUGAUCCCGCGUUGUGCCGACGCCUCGUCCUUGAUGGCGCUGGAGAAUGUGAAGAAAGCAGGGAAAGGUGGAGCCAAUGGGCAGCACGUCUCGGGCUCCUCAGCAGACCCUCUGCCUGAAAGUAAAAUUGGUUCACCUCCAAAGACUCCUGUCAGCCAGGCAACAGCUACCUCAGUAGGUCCUCCACCACCACCACCACCACCCCCUCCUCCUGUCGGCACAGAAAUGAGCUCCAUCAGCUCCAAAACUAGCUCAUUCGCUGCCAGAGUGCCCGUCUACCCACCACACUCUGACAACCUUCCGUAUUUUCAAGAUCCCAGGGCCCAUCUCUCCUACGAAGCCCAGCAGUACCCACAAGCGGGAUAUUACCCACCACCACCAACGGUCCCAGCUGGCGUGGCUCCCUGCCUCCCUCGCUUCGUGAGGUCUGGCAAUGUACCGGAACCCCCUCUCCCGCCUGCCUCUGUGCCAUACGGCGACCAUUACGGUGCGUUUCCCCCUCGGGACAGGCUCAGUUCUCCUUACCAGCCACCGCCGCCGCCACCGCCGCCGUAUGGGCCAGUCCCCCCAGUUCCUUCCGGGAUGUAUGCCCCGGUCUAUGACAGCCGGCGUAUCUGGCGGCCACAGAUGUACCCAAGGGACGACAUCAUCAGGAGCAACUCCUUGCCACCCAUGGACGUUGUCCACCCUUCUGUCUACCAGACCUUUCUGCGGGAAAGGUACAACUCUUUGGACAGCUACUAUUCCAUGGCCUGCCAGUUGCCGGCAGAGCAGAGGACGGUGCCUUUGUCAAGGGAACCUUGUGGCCACCUGAAGCCCACUUACGAUGACCCGCUACAAAGGAAGCCAGAACAGUGGGCUCCGUGCCACGCGCAGAAAACGCCUCUCGUGUCCUCUUCGACGCUUCCUGCAGCUACACAGUCUCCUCCGCCACCUUCCCCUCUCUUCAGGGUGGAUUUCAGUACAGAACAGUUCUGUGAGAGCUCCAGCGACUUGAGCAGCACCAAGUACGAGGACAACCGGCUCUCCCAUUACUCCCCCUGGUCCUGCGGCACCAUCAGCUCCUGCAUAAGUGCCAUUGAGUCGGAGCCCAAGGAUGUCAUUGCCAAUUCUGGCACAGUGCUCCUGGAUCUGGACAGUGGGGACAUGAAGAGGCAGGUGCACCUCUUUGAAACCCAGAGAAGGGCAAAGGAGGAAGACCCCAUCAUUCCUUUCAGCGACGGGCCAAUCAUCUCCAAAUGGGGUGCCAUCUCCAGAUCAUCACGCACGGGUUAUCACACGACAGACCCGAUUCAAGCCACUGCUUCCCAAGGAAGUGCUACCAAGCCAAUCAGCAUGUCAGAUUAUAUCCCAUAUGUCAGCACCGUUGAUUCAAGGUGGAGCUCCUACAGUUCAGAUUCUACUUUAUCUGCACCUUUCACAGAACGGGACAGGUUCAUUGUUGCUGAAGUAUCUGCCCCAAGAAAGCAUUCUAGUACUGGAGAUCUGCUGAGUAUUGAACUGCAGCAGGCCAAAAGUAACUCAUUGCUGCUUCAGAGAGAGGCAAAUGCACUAGCCACGCAGCAGAAAUGGAGCUCCUUGAAUGAAAGCAGUCACCUCACCUUAAACCUUUUAAGCAAGGAGAUCGGUCUAAGAAAUGGCGAGGCUGACUACACCGAGGAUGGUGCAGACACGAAGCCCGACCGAGACAUUGAAUUAGAACUUUCAGCCCUCGAUGCGGAUGAGCCUGAUGGGCGGGGAGGACACAUUGAAGAGAUUCUGAGCCUGCAGCUUGGGAUUGGUGAUCGAGACGAUAAUCUGUUCAACGGGUCAGCCCUGGAGAACGGCCACCCUCUGGAACAGCCUCAGAAGGAAUCCAGGCAGCCGGCGAGGCCCAGCUUAGGUGAAGACCUUGCUGCUCUGGAGAAGCAGAAAGCAGUCCUGCCGGUGACUUCCUGCUUCAGCCAACCAAUGGCAUCCUCCGUGAGCAGCGUGACCUUGCCCAUCACAACAUCUGCCAGCAUAGGCAGCCUUGUUCUCAAAACUGCUCAUGUUAUGGUGGAAGGGAAAAGCGACUUUUUAAGGCCUGUUGCAAAUGGCAAGAUGGUUAACAGCUGAGAGGUGUUCUGCUUUCAAGCUUGUCAUCAUGCUAGGGAAGCAUUUACACUUGUUUUUAUAAAUAUAUAUAUAUAAUAUAUAUAUUAUAUAAUGUAUAUUUUUUUUAAGAAAAUAUUAUUGGGGUCAUUUGUUUCCUGUCAACUCAUUGAUACAUCAAGCCCCUCUCACAUUAGCAUUCUGGAAAAGAAAAGAGAGAAUGAGACAAACCACUAGUUUUUGCUAAGUCCAGUUGAUCACUUGCUGCAAGUGGUUUGGAACCUGGACGUUGUUUUACUUAAGCUUAAGAGCAGCUUUUUAAUGAGUUCACAGAAAUUCCGGGGAACCGGCUGAGCUGUUCUUGUUGAGAAAUGGCUUCUCUGGGAAGAUGUACAAGUUAUUCAUUGAAGCCAGCAGAUCCUCGGGGUGAAAUGACUCAUGGGAGUAAAACUCACUUGUUUUGCCUUGCUUUUGUUUCAUGAGAGAGGAAUUUGCAUCUGAUUGCAGUUGCUUGUUUCUUCAGCUGUGGAACUUUGCAUGAAAUCGGCAUGUGUGAGAAAGACAGGUUGGGGAUCUUAACAUAAAACUUAAUUCAGGGUUGAUAAUACUUCUAUUUUUCUUUUUUAGCUUUGCGCUACUGCAUUAUAUGCAGCAGUGCAUCACUUUGCAUAUUCCUGUCUGCCCCCCCAACUCCCCCAUCCUCUUCUGGUUUAGAGCUUGAUAUUUCCAUGUAUCAAGUGUACAAAUUAUAGAGUGAAAAAUCAAGUGCCUGCAUCUUUUGGCUUACAUUUUCUGUCUUUACCUGCUCCAGGUUGUAAGCAGAAUUGCUACGUUCUAGUUUGACAACAACACGGUGCGCUCAUUCCCAGGGUGCCAAGUCAUGCAGCCCCUUGGCCAAAUCCCCAGCUGGCAUCCAGAGCCUCACCAAUUGUUCCCUGUGAGAUAAACAUUUUCUGUUACGUUUGCACUGACUUAACAACACAGUACUGCUGUUGCUGUACUUUUAAAAUAAUAAUUGAUUAGCGAUUCUUCAGACACUCCUGAUAUUGUAUUGGUUAUAGCAUUACUAAGAAGUUUAGUAUUUAGGUUUAUUACUGAUUAACUCUGACAAGGCCAUGAACACUUAUUAAUAAUAUAGCUUUAGUUCAGCUUGUACAGAACAAUGAAUAAAUAUGUCCUCUUUAAAAUGGUGAUUUUUAAGGAAACCGAAAUAGGGAGCCAUGAGCUGAAAUAAGAACACACUCCUAUACCCUAAGCCAUGUUUUCUUUUCCUUUCCUGCUAUCCUGAAGUUGGUGGAGCAAGAGGAUUCUCUGCUUCCUGGCAAGAUAACUGCUCAUUUCUCUUCCACAGCUUUCUUUUUAUGAUUUUUAGAUUUCUCUCUCCUUUUUUUAAAAAAAAUGUUUGUUAAUUAACUUCUGUGAAGUUGUUUACUUGGAAAAUUGUACUGGAAUAUUUUAGCCAAGUGGCACUUUCACCAGGUGUACUGUACGCAAGGGCUCGUCCUGCUAGCAAAUGGCUUUAAAAACAAAACAAAAUAUUAUCAUGUUACUGGCAAAACAGAACUGUGACUGUUCAGGAUGCCACUCUGUGUGCAGGAUCAGGCUUCUUUCUUUAAAAACAAACAAACCACUAUCUUGUGCACAUGUCUGGGGUGGGGGAUGGGGGCAAAAACUGGCAUUUCUCUGAGGGUUACAAUACUAACUUGGAUCAGCUUUUUUUAAAAAAUCUCCUGACUCAGAAGGUCAUGAAAAAAAAAUUAUGUUGUAAAUAUCUGCAAAAAUCCAAGGAUUAGUUUUUUAAUAUAUACAUAUGCAUAUAUAUAUAAUUCCAGUGAUGUUGUAAAAGAACUUGACCCUUAUUUAAUACUAAAGCGCAAAGAGCUAUUUAUAAUAUGGCAGCCAAAUCCCUUCUCUUAAUUUCCUGGGACAAUUCCUCAAGCUUCUCCUUCUCCUGUUGCCCCCUCACUUCUGCAGCAAGAGAAACAAGGCAACUGAAAAUUUUAAGUUUUUUUUUUAAGUACCUGUUCUCUUUAACUUGUGACUGUUAACAUUUUGGUGUGGAAUGGAAUGUCAGCUGGGUGUUGUACUCUCAGAUCCAGCUGGCAAAUUCUGUACAUAUGAAUUUAUAUAUUACAUUUGAAAUGCUUCCAAAAAUUUCUUUUGCGUUGUAUGUAACUUCAAAUAUAUAUAGAUAUGGAGAUAUAUGCAUAACACUCUCUCUCUCUCUCUCUCACACACACACACACACACACACAUGGAUAUUUAAACAAUAAGAUCUUCCAUGUUGCAGAUGAUGCAAUUUUUUUAAAAGGAGGAACAAAAUUAAUUGCUAUUUUGUUACAAAAAUAGACAAAUAUAAACAGUUUGAGAGAUCCUUAUUUUUGCCCUCAGGGAAAUAGCCCUUCCAUUACUGGAUCACCACCAGACAUCUUCAGCACAAUCUGAAGGUGAAUAUAUAAUAACUAAACAGACCUUGUAUAUAUUACCUUUUAACUUCUUAGUUUUUUAAAACGUGUAGGUAACUCCUUCCCCUUUGAGACUUCAGUUGUGCUCCGCUGGAAAAAGGGGGCAUGGAAUAAAUUGUUUACAGUUCUCUAUCCACUUGUCCAGUUUUAAAACAACAACAGAGACAAUGCUGUCCUUUUACUGGCGUGUCUAGGAGCAAGCUGCCUUUACAUUUCUUUGGCAAUGGCAGCAAGAGCUCCCGUGGUACAGUAGCUUUAUAGAAAGGGCCACAAACUUCACGGGAAGAGUCUAUUCCGAAGUUGUGCUUGAAAUCUUCAUUGUAGAGAAUUGCAGGCCUAACAAACCAGCUGGGACUUCAACACACACACCCCGCCACCCACCUCUCCAAGAUCUUAGCAUUGUAAUCUUGCCAUGAAAUGGUGUUAUUCUGGCUGGGUGUUGUAUGUGACAAAUUGCAUCUCCAAAGUAGUCUGUGCAAAUGUUGAGAUGUCAUUUUAGGGCAUCCCCAGUCAACAUGGCCAAUAGUCAGAAAUGAAUGGGAGUGGCAGUCCAGCAACAUCUGGAUGGCCACAAGUCCCUCCCCCUUAGGGCAACCAGAGGGACUGGCAGGAGGAAUGGAGCAGCACCCUGGGGUGUUUUAGAGCUCUAUUUUUUGAAAACUAGGCCAGCCAAGAAGAGCGGGGGGGGGGUGUCUUUAACAGGAUGCGGCAAAGGAAGAUGGCUCCUGCCCUCGGCAAGCAGGUGGCAUUUUUGUAGGCCAAUACAGGGGAAAUUCUAGACAUACACCUGAAAGGAAAAUUGUGGCAGCAAGAAAAGUUUAAAUCGUGCUUCUGUGGAAUGUGAAUUUCCCCUUCCUUUCUUUUGACUUGGUGAUGCUUUAGUAGCCAAGUUUCAAAUGUGAAAUAAAUGGUGGGCGUGGCAGGAGAUGAAGGUGCGCAUUUUUGGCAGGUGUCAAGGGAUAUUUCUCAUCAAAUCCUUGAAGGCAAGUCUUGGUGCCGCAGCACCUGCACUGCUAUGCUGGUGCGUAACAGACACGAUUGAUCACUGACUCUGCUGCAGCCUGGUGGUUUUCUCUUGGGUGGUUGCACUGUUUGGAAACGAUAGCUGGGAGACUGUGGUGAAGCAUAGAAAAUGGUGCUUGCAUGGCAAAUGCACAGGAGCCAGAAGUACAGAUUAAGUUUUUUCUGUUUUGUAUGAUUUGAAAGCCAACACAGUUGUUACAAUUAUUAUAUUUUUAUUUACAAACAAAGCUCUGCAAAGCUUGGUCGUGUUCAGUGGUGGUGGCUGGAUUUUUUGUAGCACGGUAGAGAAGAGAGGAGGUUGCCAGCAGUUUUCAUGCCCAAUUUUGUGAGCAGCUAAAAUUUUCCCAGUAUUUAUUAACCCUGGCCUACUUUGCAAAGGUUAAAUUUUGACUCUCCACCCCCAUGGGGAAAAAAAUAGCAAAUCAUCCACUACUCAUGGUAUAUGUUUACUUUUAAACGCCUUGUGUUUAGGAAGUUCUUCUGUAUUUAGGGACUGGAUUGCAAAUAAAGAACAUGUUGAGAAAUGGACAUGGCAUGAUAGUGUUUUGGUUGGGCUGGGUGUGAGGGGUCAUUUCCUCCCUCCCGCAGUCUAAACUAAACUCCCAGCCACUUCCUUGACUCUGGGAAGGGUCACAGUACAGCGCUUUGCUGGCAAAGCGACACGUUCAGGACCCGUUACUCCCUACAGUAAGGGGAUGGCUGAAGUGGAGUGAGGCAAAGUUGUAAGCAUCCCGCCCACCCAAAAAGUGAGAAAGCAAAAAUCUGUCCACCACACACGCACAUGCUUUUGUGAAGCUAGAACACUUUAUAUACUUGACAGAGUUUGAAACAAAACGGAUUCUGGCUGUGUUUGUGAGUGCCACAGGCCAGGGCAAAGUACAUUUUGCACAGAUCCCACCUGCUUACCCAGAGGAGUCCUGGGUUCUUUAGUCCAAGGCAUGGGAAUGCAUGAAUUUCCUUAUCUGGGCAGACAAAUACAUUAUACUGUAGUUGUGAUACAACAUGCGUGGCUUUUCUUUGUACUGCACACACACCCACUGUACAGCCACUCCAAAUUAUUGUGGUUUAGCUUGCAGUAUCUGCUGUCUGCAUUUAUACUGUAUACUAUAUAUUCUUUUCCCUGGAAGUUAAAAGGAAAAAAAACACUUUUUUUCUUGUUGCAUUGAUUAACAUUUUAUAAACUUGCUUAGCCUAGAAAGUUUGGGAAAAGAGGCCUGUUUGUCAAUUGUACAACCGGUUGUGAAGCUCAAGUGUGAAUAUUUUUACGUCUGUAUUAGACAUUUUCUUUGCAAAUCUAUUGUUCGAUUGAAAUGUAAAUGAGAUAAAAGAUGGUGUACACCCAUCAUGUAUAAUAAAGCAGACACCAUCGCUACGAUGGAUUUAAUGCUCAUUUUUAAUGGUGCAUUCUCAGCUUCUAUUUAAAAAAAAUAUAAUUUAAAAAAAAUCUGUAAAAUGAAAUAAGGGAUAUAUUUGGGGGGGAUGAAUUCUAUUCCAUUUAGUUCCAUUUUAAAUUUCUAAAUUGUAUUGUUUUUCCCUUUUGUGUUAUAGGAAUAGGAUUUACAUGGGAAAGCUUAGACCAUACGGUCUGUAUUUUUGGGGCGGGAAGUUUGAGCGAUGGGGUGGGCUUUGUGAUUUAGCCUGAAUAGCAGAGUGAAUUCUGUGUGUGCGUGUGUUUGCUGUAGCACUGAAGUGAAGAGAUAAUUAGCUUUUGGGCUGGUCACAGACUUUAGCGAAUCGUGUGUUUUUUUCAGUGUUUGAGAGAGAAUUAAUAGAACAAGUUUGCAGUACUUGACAUGUAUUUGCAUGCCGUAAAAUAAAAAAAAUUGU